GGAUAAAUUUAGCCCAGGGUCCCAGGCAUCCACCGCGCUGCUGACAUGCCCGCGUGCUGCCAUCCCGAACCCCAGCGCGUGCGCUAGUGCGGUCCACUGCGGCUGACGUCACAUCCAGCAUGGCGGUCAAGGUGCAAGCCACGCGAAGGGCAGACCCCAAUGAGUUGAAGACUAUUUUUCUGAAGUACGCCAGCGUGGUGGAGGAUGGAGAGCAUUACAUGACCCCCAGAGACUUUGUGCAGAAUUACUUGGGUCUGCACACACAGCCUCAGCACAACCCCAAAACUGUGGAGCUGAUAGCCGGAGUGGCCGACACCACAAAAGAUGGAUUGAUCUCAUUCCAAGAGUUUCUGGCCUUUGAAUCGGUUCUGUGCGCUCCUGAUGCCCUCUUUAUUGUGGCCUUUCAGUUGUUUGACAAGACGGGCACUGGAAACAUCUCAUUUGAAAAUAUCCGGGACAUCUUCAGCCAGACGACAGUGCAUCAUCACAUUCCCUUCAACUGGGACUGUGAGUUCAUCAGGCUGCACUUCGGCCAUGAAAGAAGCAAGAACCUCAGUUAUGCAGAGUUCACUCAGUUUCUGCAGGAGCUGCAGCUGGAGCACGCUCGCCAGGCGUUUUCACAGAAAGACAAGAAGAAAAGCGGCAGCAUCACCGCCUUGGACUUCAGUGACAUCAUGUCCACCAUCAGGCACCACAUGCUAACUCCUUUCGUGGAAGAAAAUCUGGUUUCUGCCGCAGGAGGCAGCACCUCCCACAUGGUGAGCUUCUCCUACUUCACUGCCUUCAACGCCCUCCUCAACAACAUGGAGCUGAUUCGCAAGAUUUACAGCACCCUCGCCGGCUCACACAAAGAAACACUCGUCACUAAAGAGGAGUUUGUUCACGCUGCGAAUAAGUUUGGUCAAAUCACUCCGAUGGAAAUAGACAUCCUGUUCCAACUCGUCGGCCUCCACUCUCACUCCGGGCGGCUGAACAACGCAGACAUCGAGAGGGUCGCCCCGCUGGAGGAAGGAGCCAUGCCGUACCACCUGGCUGAGACCCAGAGACAGCACGCUCACGAAACGUCUCGGCCCGUCUGGCUCCAGGCUGCAGAAUCUGCCUACAGGUUUACCCUGGGCUCAAUCGCUGGAGCCACCGGCGCCACCGCCGUGUACCCCAUCGACCUGGUGAAGACCCGCAUGCAGAACCAGCGCUCCACGGGCUCCUUCGUGGGAGAGCUGAUGUACAAGAACAGCUUCGACUGUGCGAAGAAAGUGCUGCGUUACGAGGGAUUCUUUGGGUUUUACAGAGGUCUCCUCCCGCAGCUCAUCGGCGUCGCUCCAGAGAAAGCUAUCAAACUCACGAUGAACGAUUUUGUCAGAGACAAGUUCACCACACAAGAUAAUACCAUCCCUCUUCUUGCCGAGAUUCUUGCUGGUGGAUCUGCUGGAGCGUCGCAGGUGAUUUUCACCAACCCCCUGGAGAUCGUCAAGAUCCGACUGCAGGUGGCCGGAGAGAUCACCACGGGCCCCAGGGUCAGCGCGCUGAACGUUGUGAGGGAACUGGGCUUCCUGGGCCUCUACAAGGGAGCCAAAGCUUGCUUCCUGCGCGACAUCCCCUUCUCUGCCAUCUACUUCCCCGUUUAUGCCCACACCAAGGAGAAGCUGGCGGACGACGACGGAAGGCUGGGCCCGCUGCAGCUGCUCACCGCCGGCGCUAUAGCAGGCGUGCCGGCGGCGUCGCUGGUGACCCCUGCCGAUGUCAUCAAAACCAGGCUCCAGGUGGCGGCUCGAGCGGGCCAGACGACGUACAACGGAGUCGUCGACUGCUUCAGGAAGAUUCUCAAAGAGGAAGGCUUCAAAGCGUUCUGGAAGGGCGCGGGAGCUCGCGUCUUUAGAUCGUCGCCCCAGUUCGGUGUAACCCUGGUGACCUACGAGCUGCUGCAGAGAUUCUUCUACGUUGACUUUGGUGGACACCGUCCUGCAGGCUCCGAGCCCACUCCCAAACCCGCGGUGAAGGACUUCCCCUCUGUGACCGCUGACCACGUGGGCGGUUACCGUCUGGCUGCUGCAACCUUUGCCGGCGUGGAGAGGAAGUUCGGUUUACACCUGCCAAAGUUCAAGUCCUCCAGCGCGACCAAAGCUGAGCCUCAGCCAUCGAAAACAGAGCCGUGACGGGGGGGGGGAGGGCCGCGUGUCCCCCAGACAGAUCCGAGAGGCCGCCUCGCUUCUAAACGCUGCAUGGGUGUGGCUUUUAUUUUAUUUUUUUGCAUCGCUUUGCACAAUCUUGCUGUACUUCUCAACAGAGGGACACUAUGGCUCAGCGAAGGAACGGCCUGCUGCUUUUAACGCUCGGUGUGGGACGGCUUUGGUGUGCAUGGGUUAUAUUUGACAAAGAUGUACAGAUAUUUUCAAAAUAUUUAUUUUGAAAUCAUGACCAGGGGACAAGGGAAAUAAUUUAAGUGUAUUUAUUGUAUUUUAUUGAAAUAAAUCAUUUAAAGUGUU